AUGCUUGAUUCCCAAGCAGCAGUGGAUGCGUACCUCGAGGAAUGGACCGCUGCUAACGAUCGGACUCCCGCCUCUGCAGAGAGAAAAUGUCCUCCUCUAUGCACAGAAUUUGGCUCGGACCCCAAGAAUUGGCAUCUCUAUUCGGAGGUGGCUGAGCUGCAGCAGUGUAAUGAGACGUUGGUCUUUGACUUUGCAGUAGACCAGGAGCUGGAUAGUAAACAUAACAAGGGAAUGUUUAGGGCGUGUGUGGCAGAUUAUGGCCCUGCCCCAGCAACCAGGAGGGCAGGUCUAUCUACAGCAGGGUGUUCUGUCGUCUACCCGUCCAAAAUCAAAGCCACCGUCGAAUUAGGAUGGGCGGGCUCCUCUAGUUCAUCGGAUGCUUCCCGAGCCGCCGUUAUCGCCGGCAGUCAAAUUUCACGACACAUCAAGUCCAGGAUAAGCACGUGUGCCAACAACACAAUCAGCUUCGGGUCUUCCGGCAGAACCCUGGUCGGUUUGCAUGCCGGAUCCCAGGUCCUCUCGCAGGGCGUUGCGGAAAACGUCCUCGACGAAUUCGCUUCCCAUGCUGAAAAGAAUGGCCUCUCUGACAAAACCGUCUUCCAACUCUGCGCGAGCAGAGACCGCGGCGCUGAUUUUGCCAUUGGCAUCGCCGUCAGCCUUUCUGGCGACGUCUCCUUUAUUCAGAGUACAGUCAAGGCGUGGAACAACGGCGCGUGUGCCCCUGAUGUGGGCAGCACCGAGAAAUGGGCCGAUUUCACUCUGCAAGUCCCGAAUGUAACAAGUGUCCACGGUCUCUCUCGACGAAGUCCACCCCCAGCAAACAGCGAUGGCACUUGCGCCACGAAACGCGUCGAUGCUGGCGACUCUUGCGCCGCGCUCGCAGCAAACCGUGGUACCCUCCCCGACUUUACGCCCAAGCCCGAGCCAGACGGCUCUUGCCAUGUGUAUAAUGUCUAUGACGACGAUAGCUGCUCUUCCAUCGCGGCGGCGAACAGCCUGACGGUGGACAAGUUGGAGUCGUUUAAUAAGUAUACGUGGGGCUGGAACGGGUGCAAAAUGCUCUGGUCGGGGAUAAACAUUUGUUUGAGUGAAGGGAGUCCUCCUAUGCCGGCGCCCGUGUCGAACGCUGUUUGCGGACCGACGGUGCCGGGGACGAAGAAGCCUUCAGGCGGCAAGAAUCUUACGGAUCUGAAUCCUUGUCUUCUGAAGGUUUGCUGUAAUAUCUGGGGCCAGUGUGGCAUUAGUUCUUCGGAAACCGGUGCUCCGGGGACUGCCAAGCCGAGUACCAACGGCUGUAUUCAAAACUGUGGUAGCGACAUCAUUCAAUCCAGCCCACCCAAAGAGACCGUUCGCAUCGGCUACUUUAGCUCUUGGAAUGCCAACCGCGAGUGUGGCGUGCAUGAGAUUGAUACCAAGGCAUAUACGCAUAUUCACUUUGCCUUUGCUAACGUCACGUCCGACUUUAAAGUUGACAUUAGUGGCGUCCCUGAUGAAUUUGAGCGCUUCAAGAAACUCACUGGUGUGAAGAAAAUCAUAUCCUUUGGAGGCUGGGAUUUUAGCACCAACGCGGGCACGUUUCGAAUCAUUCGCGAGGCAGUAAAGCCAGCUAAUCGGAAUACAUUUCGGGACAAUGUGGUCAAUUUUGUAAACGACCAUGGCUUGGAUGGUUUUGAUUUGGAUUGGGAGUAUCCUGGUGCCCCUGAUAUUCCUGGAGUUCCUCCUUCCGGCAAUCCUCAAGAAGGCUUAAACUACUACAAGUUUCUUUCCAUUGCCAAUUCGGCACUUGGCAGCGGCAAGUCAGUCUCAUUUGCUGCGCCAGCGUCCUACUGGUACCUCAAGGCCUUUCCUAUUGAGCUAAUGGCCAAGUCCCUGGUUGUCUACAUGACGUACGAUCUUCACGGCCAGUGGGAUUAUAACAACAAGUGGGCGAGCUCCGGCUGUCCUGAUGGCAACUGUCUUCGAUCCCAUGUGAAUCUCACGGAAACUAUCUUGUCCCUGUCCAUGAUUACCAAGGCCGGCAUUCCCUCCAACAAGGUGGCCGUGGGCAUCACCAGUUAUGGGAGAUCAUUCCACAUGGCUCAUGCUGGCUGUGACGGGCCGGACUGCAAAUUUACCGGAUCCGCCACGCACUCGGAUGCCAAGGUCGGAAUGUGCACAAAUACUGGCGGUUACAUUGCAGACGCCGAGAUCAAGGACAUUAUCAAUCUAUACCCUGAGAACAUCAAGCAGUGGAUAGACACAUCUAACUCCAACAUCCUUGUCUACAAUGACGUCGAAUGGGUAGCUUACAUGGACAAGGACAUCAAAGACUACCGCAAAAAGGUCUACGACGUCUUUCACUUUGCCGGCACCUCGGACUGGGCCCUGGACCUCCAAGAGUUCCAGGAAACAAAGGAUGUCAUCCCUUACGAACCCCCUCGUGAGAUGGGCAUCUGCAACCAAGCUUACGACACCAUCCAGGCCAUAAAAGCCGACAUGGAUAAUAUCCCCUGGAACUGCAAGCACCAAUACAUCGUCUCGGCCCGCCAAAAACAACUCACCGCCGCUCUGAAGCAAUACAACGAUAUAUUCAACGACGGGUACUCACACAAUGACACAGGCGACAUCAAACGGUGCAGUUUCCACAACAUCUCCAUCGCCUGCCCGCCCAAACACCCCUACGACCAAGCAUUCAACAUCUACCUCCUCCCCAAAGACGACAACAAAAUCCUCAACCACCUCGACAAGGACUUUGGUGUCUCCCCGGACGCCGUCUACGCUGAAGAUUGGCACUACGGCCCCUGUCUCCCCGAGCAGGAUAAAAUCUGCUCGUGCUCCAAAUGGGGCCACCUCAUCGGUCGCAAAGCCAUCAAGCCAGAUUGGAAGCUUCCCGAUCCCAAGAAAUAUGUCGAACAGGCCUUGGCAAACAUUACCAUAAUAAACGACUUCCUCGAAGAGGCCACCACGGCAAUGGACAUGGGCAUCUUCAUCGACUCGGCUACCGACACUGUCGAUGCGACUGCUCUGCCUGUCCUCAUGAUUGUUGCCGCCGUUGACUCCAUGGAACAAAUCAAAGAAGCGGGAGAAAAGAUUGAAGAAGAAGAACGGAAGAAUAUCAUUCUGCUCGCGCUGACUGCAGUGUUCUUUGUGAUUCCAGGACUUGGUGAAGCGCUGGGUGCCGUUUCAGGCAUAGCAGCUAUUGCGCGCCUGGCAACCAUUAUUGCCGAGGCAGGCGGUGCUGGUCUUGGAGUAUAUAAUAUUGUUAAUGAUCCAAAGAGUGCGCCGUUGGAAAUUUUCAGCAUGUUAAUGGGAGGGUUGGCUGUCAAGGGCGCGGCGAGAGGGUGGAUUGGUGAGGCGGCUGGCAUGAGAAGGGCCAUGGAUGCGACGCAUGUGAAGGGAAUGGGUAGGAUUUUGAGUGAUGGGUUGGGAGAUGUUGCUUCUGUUUUGAAGUACUGGGCUAGACCUCAGUGGACGCGCACCUCUCUAGAGCACCUUGGGCUGAUCCAAAUCGAAAGACCUGGCGGGAAUAUUCGUGGAAGAACUGCGCAAGAACCCAGGCGGAUCUAUGAGCGAAGGCUAGCAUGGCCGAGCUUGCGUAAAAGGUCCUACCGUGGGGGUCACGGUAGGCGUGGCUACCUCGUAUAG